AUGAAGAUUAAGCAGCACACUUCAUGGACAAAUUUGAACCCGAGAAGAAGGUUUGAGGCAUGCGACCAAAAUCGGAAUAGCCAAAGAAGACAUCAUUUCUUUGAAUGGCUGGAUAAUGAAACAUGUCCAAGAGGAAAGGCAGUGCUUCCUAGAUUGCUUAGAAGACUCAGAGGUAUGGAGGAAGAAAUUAGAGCAAGAGAUGAGCAACUGAGAUUAGUGGAAGCAGAGAAGAAAAAAUUGGAAGAGAAAGUGGGUCUUGUUAUUGAAGGAAAAAAGGAAUUGGAAUGGAGUAGACAGAGGCAAUUGAAAUUGGGGUUUGCUUUGAUCCUGUCAUGGUGUUUGUUUGUAAUUUUGGUGAUGAGUAGAAAGAUUUAG